GGCUUGGUCGGGAGGCUUCCAUGGCGGGCGGCGAGAGCUGCCUGGACCUCUGGCGGAGCGAGAACGACGGGCUGGCGCGGCGCUGGCGGACGGUAACAAGUUCUUCAGGUCCUGACAGUUCAGUGACGCAAACAGCUCACGAGUGCCAGCUCGCCUUCACCAAACUGCUGCAGAAGAUCCAAGGGCUUCCAGCUGCCCUCCCAGCUCUGCCUCUGGAGCUGGCUAUCCUCUACAAUUCCCUGGUGUUUGAUAUCUGUCUCUCCAGCAACUCUGGCGAGAAACUAUUGGGAGUAAUAGAUCAUGGGCUGAGCAGGGUUCUAGAGGUCUGUGCAGUGUCUGGCCAAGGACUUGGCUCAGAGGGCCGCUGGCAGAGGGUGCUCCAGGAGGAUACCCCUGAAGAACUGCAGGCCCCUCUGCAUCGACUGGCUGCCCUGCAGGGGGUGCUGUGGCUUGCAGCAAAUCGCCUUGCAACCGCGGAAGGCCUCUUUCAGCUUCUGAAAAGCACCAAGAGCCUGAGGCCUCCUUGCCAUGGUCAUCAGAAUGAGUUCCUUUCCCUGCUCCAGAUGUGGCAGCCACCUGACGUGGCAGAGUCUGACCCCCUCCUUGUGCAGAGUAUCCGAGAGUUGAAGGGCAUCCUGUGGACUUCAGCUGCCUUUCUGCAAGGAGUUCAGGAACUGGAAGCCGGUGAUCUCCCUGCCGCUGUUGCCCUUCUCCAAACAGCUGCUACGGGGCUGUGUUCUAGGCGACGCCUUGCCCAGAUCUUCACCUUAAUGGGAUGCUGCAACCUGAAAAUGGACAAGCCACAGAAGGCAAUUCAGUACCUGAAACGAGCCCUGCAGGUUGAUUUCACGUUCCUCCCUGCCCUGUACCAAGCAUCCCUGUUGUACCACCAACUGGGGCUUCUAGAGGCUGAGCUGGAGGUCCUGGUGCUGCUGUCUCAGGCUCUGGAUGGUCCUGCACGGGUAAUGGCAGAGCUUGCCAGUCCAUGUUUCCUGAUCCAAAUGGAGCUGCUCACCUGCGCAUCCAAACUGAGUAGCUUCUUUGUCAAGAACUGUCUGUCAGACGUGAAAUAUUUGCUGGCACAAAGGAACCUCCAGGCGGGGAGGGUGAGUGAGGCAGUGGAGCACUACCUGGACCUCUUGGCUCUGUUACAGGAAGGGCCUCUUCACCAGGUGUCUCUGUGUGGUGAGCUGGCCUUGCCCAGGAUCCCCGAGGUCUUCUUAGAGGCUGCCUCUGCCCUGGAAGAGCUUGCCAGGCAUCAAGAUGCCAUUGCUGUGUGCAAAGAGGUGGCAACCCGAAUGAAUGGACUGAUCCCCGAGAGGCUGCAAAUUGAGCUGGACUUGUGGACUGCAGAGGACUUCCCGGGGCCUGCUGGGUCCUCACUGACAAAUUCUCCUGGCAACCUCAUGAAGCAGAAGAGGGAGAGCCUGCUCUGCAUCCUUUGGCGAGCAGCUGCGUAUUUGAUCCAGGGCUUGGCAUGGGCUGGGCUAGGAGAAGCCAAGGAAGCCAUAAGCCACUUGAGCAGGUGUCUUAAUGAUCUCCUGAGAGUUCAUUUUGUGACCACAGGCAGCAGCAAUAGCAGCACUGGAAAGGAGACAGAGCAGAUGGGGCUCUCAGAAGCAAAGGUGCUUCCCCAAAUCAGGCAGCUGGCCCUGAUUGGACGAGGGAUCCAGUUCCUGCAGCUGGGGCAGAAUAAAGAGGCUUUGGUGGAUUUCCAACACAGCUUGCUUGUCUGUCCAGACAGGCCCUCUGCUAACUUUUACCUUAUGCACACCCUCUGGAAGCUGGACCGAAGGCAGGAGGCAGCUGUCCACUGGCAGAAGCUCCACAUGAACGCUGCAGGCUUGGAGGAAGAGGCAGAAAGAUCCUUCCUGAUAUACCUGCAACCAUGCAUGAGGCAGAUGAAGUUUCCUCACACAGAAUCCCUCGCCAAGAAUGUGGGAAGCUUCCUUGCGGGGAGCAACCAGGGACUCUAGAGCUGCUGCUGCUGCUGCCACUCCUCUCCUCUGCCCUUGCCCAGCCCUUCUUCCAGACAGCUUCCUCAGCAGCUUUUCCAGGGCUCCGCUUUGCCUUUGGGAAGGGGAAUGUUUCAGUUGCAGUCACCGAAGACAAGUGAUGACAGUGACCCUCAUCCUAGUGGAAAGGGUGUGGGGUUUUUGCAGAAGCUCCACAUGUCUUUGCUCCUGUAUGAUUCAAUUAUUUUUGAGAUUAUGUCCUUAUGGAAGCAAGGAAGCAAAGAGGGUGACUCUGGUCCAGGUACUUUCCUGUUCAUCUGAUUCUGGGUAGCUUCUCUUUCCAAGCUGUAUUGGGGCAGCCCAAAAUAUGUUGGGUGACACAGAGGUUUGCUUCCCCCCCAGCUCCCCUUUUGAAAGACGUGUUGGAUAAGUUAUUUUCUUCCAUUUGCAUGAUCAUCAUACUUAAGAAUUUAUAAAGCCUGUAUUUCUUUUUAAUGACUCAUCUCUUUAUUAUCAAAAUGUCUCUUGUGAAAUCUUUGGUUCUAAAUUAUUUGAAGAGAGCCAUGGAGGGGAUGAAGUCUGAAGCAAUGCCUGCUGUGAGUGGUAUUAAGCAAAGUAGUACUCUGAGUAAAUGGACCAAAUUUAAGUCUUUUUCAUUAAUCUCACUGAGUCUAUUUUUGAGUAAAAUUUAGUUGAAUACUAUCCUGUGUUUUUCAUCUAAUGAGGGAAUAGUGUGGCCCUAGGAGUCCUGGAAAGAUAGCUGUUGGGUCAGUCGAACUGAAAGUACCAACUCUCCCUUUCAUGAGUAGUGACUAUCUACCUGCUAACUGGAGGGACCAAACAGCAGUUGGCCCUGGCACUGUGACUGCAGAAAAGGGCCUCACUCUUCCCACAUCUCUCUGCUAAGUUGCAGAAGUUAUGUAGCAGCCUUAAUAUGGAGGAAUGGUUGGAAGCAGAGCUGUUAUGUUUUAUUAGAAAAAAUUGUUGACAUUGUUAAUAAUAAUCAGAUAACCCCUUUUAGACUUUUUGUAUGGAAACGAAAAUUUGAAACAUUUCAUAGAAUCAUAGAACUGUAGAAUUGGAAGGGACCUCAAGGGUCAUCCAGUCCAACCCGCUGCAAUGCAGGAA